CGCGAGCCCACAAGACGAGGCGGCGAAACGGAGAAGAAAAGGAAGAAAAAGUAGGGCGUCCAAAAAGUCUCACCUGCGUAGCCCAGGUGACGUAGACAACACGACUGUACAUUAUUUUAGAACGUUCGAUUCCCUGAAUCCCACAACAUCUCCACAUCAACAUACCUGGAACAAGGUGCGAGUUUGCCUUUACGCAUGCGCACGUUCUCCCUCCCCGCCGCGCGGUCAUCGUGGGACAUUAUAAGGGCACCCCGGGGAGCGGGACGCGGUUCAGUCUGCAGAACUGAACCGGAGCAUGGCAGAGAGGACGCGCGUUUGCACGGAGGAGAUGGAGGAGAAGACGAGGAGGAGGAAAGAGGACAACAGCUCUGAUAACAGCGACAAAGUCACUCUGAAAAAAGAAAUCGGACUUCUGAGCGCCUGCGCCAUCAUCAUCGGUAACAUCAUUGGCUCUGGGAUAUUCAUCUCCCCUAAAGGAGUACUGGAGCAUGCGGGCUCCGUGGGGCUGUCGCUCAUCGUCUGGGUGUGUGGGGGGGGCAUCUGCGCCCUGGGGUCCCUGUGUUACGCCGAACUGGGAGUCACAAUCCCAAAGUCCGGAGGAGACUAUUCCUAUGUGACAGAAAUAUUUGGAGGUCUAGUGGGCUUCCUGUUGUUAUGGAGUGCUGUCCUCAUCAUGUAUCCAACAACGCUGGCCGUCAUCGCCCUCACCUUCUCCAAUUACGUCCUACAGCCGGCCUUCCAGAACUGUGUGCCUCCAUUCAUCGCCAUCAAGCUGCUCGCCGCCAUCUGUGUCUUGUUCCUGACCUGGGUGAACUGCUCCAGUGUGCGCUGGGCGACGAGGAUCCAGGACAUUUUCACCGUUGGGAAGCUUCUGGCUCUGGCGCUCAUCAUCGUGGUGGGCCUCGUUCAGAUCUUCAGAGGCCACUACGACGCCCUGGUGCCGAGCGUGGCCUUCGAAUUCCAGCAGGACGCCUCGGUGGGGCAGAUCGCCCUGGCCUUCCUCCAGGCCUCCUUUGCCUACAGCGGCUGGAACUUCCUCAAUUACGUGACAGAGGAGGUGGUGGAGCCACGCAAGAACCUGCCCCGCGCCAUCUACAUCUCCAUCCCUCUGGUGACCCUCGUCUACACCAUGACCAACAUCGCUUACUUCUCCUCCAUGACCCCGGAGGAGCUCCUAGCCUCCAAUGCUGUGGCGGUGACGUUUGGAGAGAAGCUGUUGGGCUGGUUCUCCUGGGUGAUGCCGAUCUCUGUGGCCCUUUCCACGUUUGGAGGGAUCAACGGAUAUUUAUUCACCUCUUCCAGAUUGUGUUUCUCAGGAGCCAGAGAAGGUCACCUGCCGUACCUGCUGGCCAUGAUUCAUCUAAAAAACUGUACCCCCAUCCCCGCCCUGCUGGUCUGUUGCAUCGCCACAAUAGUCAUCCUGUGUAUCGGAGAGACACACAACCUGAUCAACUAUGUGUCCUUCAUCAACUACCUGUCCUACGGCGUAACCAUCGCCGGUCUGCUGUACCUGCGGAAAACCAGACCCAACCUGGCCAGACCCAUCAAGGUGAGCUUGCUGGUUCCCAUCAGCUACCUGAUCUUCUGGGCCGUCCUGCUGGGCUUCAGUCUGUACUCGGAGCCGGUGGUUUGUGGCCUCGGGAUGGUGAUCAUGCUGACCGGCGUCCCCGUUUACUUUGUGGGAGUUCAGUGGAAGGAGAAGCCCAAAUGGAUCUACAGGUUCAUUGAGAGAGUCACAUACGUGGGCCAGAAGCUGUGCUACGUGGUGUUUCCUCAGAACGACUCCUCAGAGACUGAACCCCUCACUGCCAAAGCCACUAACUGAGCCCCGCAGUCAGCCAGGACUUCACUUCCUGCCGCGACACCUCCAAGUUUCCGUUAGUCGACCGCAUUGUUCCACGGUUGUGAAGCGCGGGCUUUAUGCAUGCAGGUGUUGUUGAGGUUAAAAAAAAAAAGAAAAAGUGUUUAUAUUUACAGGUUUCUCUCACUCGGAUAACGACCUUUUUGUAAUCUUCACCUUUAGUGACUCUUCUCUCACAAACAUUGACCAACUUUUCAAGCUAAUGUGCCUUAAUGUGUGUCUGUUCUGAGUGCUCAUAACUCUUAUGGGAUGGAUGACUGGGAUAUUUAUUUAACUACAGCUGAGUUCUGGUCAGUUUUUGAGGAUUAUUUGUCGUCGGGCAUUUUAAAAAAACGAUUUCUUUCAAUGUUUUCUGUAGAGUGACCACAGGUGCCUUCUUCUUCUUCUCACGUAAGAUCAGCGUGAUCUCGUUGUUGCCAGGUUGGAUGAACAUCACAUUUCAGAUGUUCUUCCUAGAACGCCACGGCGUUUCAUCAGACCGCACCCACACUGAUGAGGGGCGCUGGCUUCACGGGCCCCCACCUGCAGAGAUCCGCCAUGUGACACGAGGCUGUUCAUACAUCUUUUUGUGAUUUUCUGCCUUUAACAUUUCAAGGAUCAAACUGACUCACUUCAUCGGUGCAGCUCUCUACUCUGCUUUUACACAAAUGCUAAUGGUUGCCAUGGAGACGAGGAUGUGGACUGGGUUAUCCUUCAGGAGCAUUUGUUUAAAAAGCUCCACAAACACAACAGAACAAACGACGGCUGGUGGCUUUUCAGAGGAGGAAGUAACCAGCAGGUGCAAAACUUCCAACAAAACUGUUUUUUUUUUGUAGGUUUGCCGAUGCUGAGAAUUGUGCAACUAAAGUGUUGCACUGAGACAAACGCGUCUGCCUUCGUUUUUUCACCUGUAAAUACUGUGUAAAGAAAAUGUUUCAGAGAAAAAUGGCAUUCCUUUCAACUUUCCCCUGUUUUUGUAACAAUAACAAUGUAAUUGCACAUUAAAUAUAGCAGCUUUUAUGAACCUUUUA